UUUAUUAUGUUUAUUAGAAGGAGAAAAAGAGGAAACAAAAUGUACAAGUAUCUUUGCUCCGUGGAGAAGGAGAAAAAGAGAAGACCUAAAAUGGAUUACAUGAAGAUACUUCAAAAAGACAUUACUCCACAUAUGAGAGGACAAUUGAUUGAUUGGUUAGCAGAACUUGCAGACAAUUACAAUCUUCUCCCUAAUGUCAUUUAUCUUGCUGUUUCAUAUAUCGAUAGGUACCUAUCUUUUCACCCUAUAAGAAAGGUUAGGCUUCAAUUGUUGGGUGUUACAUCCAUGUACAUUGCAUCGAAGUAUGAAGAUCUUAGCACACACAAUGUGGAAACUUUCUCCGUAACUACAUGUAAUUAUUAUGACAAGGAAGAGGUUCUAGAGAUGGAAAAUAAAAUACUCAAGACCCUAGAUUUUGAUCUGAGCAGCCCUACUAUUAUGACUUUUCUAGAGAAGUUUGAAGAAAUUGCUUGUGAGGAAAAUAAUGCUUCAAGUUGGAAGUUUAAGUUUUUGACAGAAUAUCUUGGUGAGCUAAGUUUAUUGGAAUAUGAAUGUUUGAAGUUCUUGCCUUCCUUGGUGGCUGCUUCUAUCACAUUGCUUGCUAAAUUCAUUGUUUGGCCUGAAAAACGUCCAUGUUGGACAUCAGCACUGGAAGAAUACUCUGAGUAUAGCUCAUUUGAGUUGAAAGAAUGUGUUCUCAUCUUACAUGAUUUGUAUAUGUCUAAAAGGGGAGCAUGUUUUAAAGCUAUUCGAAAGAAAUAUAGCCAACAAGAGGAGGAGCCUGAUAAUCCAGAGUUCGACCCCGAGUUGCAAAAUGUGGCAAACCUUCCUUCGCCUUCUAAGUUACCAAGUUAUUUGUUUGAAGUUGAAGUAGAGUUUCGACAAAAAAAAUAAGAAGUUGAAAGAAGAGUGAGGGAGUUUGGAUGAAACUUGUAAUUUUUUGAAGUGGUUGGUUCAAUGAUUUUUUUUUUUUUGAGCCAAUGUUGGUUCAAUGAUUUUGAACAAUGAGCAUUCUACGUGGGAUGGCGACUUAACCAAAUAGCAAUAGGAGCAAUGUCUUUGACUAUUUUUAUUAUUUGUACUGUUAAAAGAUUCGUGAAUUCGCACGAGUCUGUGGCGAUUAUUUUGUGCUAGAGGGGGAAAAAUUAUUUCGUGUUGAUUUAUAUUGACUUUUCUUUAUAAGCAACAAUUUAUUCAAAAGAAUAAAGAGGUAUCCCCGCAACUGUAAUCGA